UCCUCGCAGCUAUACACAUCCCACCACCACCUCCUCGCGCGCCGCCGAUCGCCAUGGGCCUCAAUCUCCUGCGGCUCGCGGCGACGCUACUCUCCCCGGGGGCCGCCUCCCCGGCCUCCGGCGCCGACGCGCAGGGCGCGGUGCUGCGGGCGACGGCGCACCACCCGUCCACGGCCCCGCCGUCCGCGCACCACCUGGACGCGCUCCUCGCCUUCGGCCGCGGCUCGCGCCUCUCCGCCGCGGCGCUCGCGUCCGCCUUCACGGACCGCCUGCGCGCCGCGGCCUCCGGCGGCGGCGACGCCGCCGUGGCCCUCAAGUGCCUCGUCGCGCUCAGGGUCCUGCUCGCCCGCGGCGCCUUCAUCCUCCGCGACCAGCUCCUCGUCGCCCUCCUCCGCCACCCGGCCUCCGGCCGCAACCCGCUCGCGCUCGCCGCCUUCCCGCUCGGCCGCUCCUUCGCGGCCGCCUCCUGGGUCCGCUUCUCCGCGCGCCUCCUCGAGGUGCUCCUCCUGCUGCCGGACGCCUCCUGCGACCCCGACCACCUCACCGCGCUCCCCAACCCGCGCCUCGUCUCCGAGCUCGCCGCCUUCGCCUCCGUCGCCGCCGCCGUCCGCCAGGCGCCGCCCCCGUCCUGCGCGCCGCAGGCCCACGCCCUCGUCUGGGAGGCCGUCCGGCUCGCCGAGGAGGACCGCGUCACGGCGGAGCGCAACAUCGCCGCGAGGGUCCGGGAGAUGGGCGAGCGCCUCGACACGCUCGGCCUGGCGGACGCGAUGGAGCUGGUGUGCGUGCUGAAGCGGGUGGAGGAGAGCGCGGCGUCCCCGCCGGAGUGGAAGUGGGCGGGGCUGGACGAGGCCGUCGUGGCCGACGCGCGGCGGCUGCGCGAGCGCGCCGAGGAGGUGCUGCUGCGGAGGACGGAGCAGGACAGGCGGCUGCUGCGGAGGGACCCGGCGUGGAGCGCGUCCGCGCGCGUCGCCAUGCUGCCGGCCCGCGGCGGCGACGGCCCGGCCGUCCGGUUCGGCUCCUCGCGGUGGUCCGGCGCAGUUCCUUCGUGGCGAUAGGACAUCGGCGGCGAUGCCUGUGCCUGCUCUACUGGUUGCAAGUUUCAAACAUUUGUUUGUUGUAGAAAUCUGAACAUUUGUUCGUUGAAGAAGCUGAGCAGAAUGA